CUACCCUGCCUCAUUAUCAUUUCACUGAGAACCAACGAACAAACCAUCAGCAGAAUGUCCUCACCGAACCCCCUCGAAGGCGUCCCGCCACAUAUCCGCAGCCUCCUCACCACCCUGCACAAGCAAUCCACGACCCAAGAAUCCGCCAUCACAGAUGCCGACUUUGAAAGCCGAACCUUCGACGACGUCAUGCGCGACAAGUUCAUCGCCCUCGAUGAAGACAAAUCCCAAUAUCUGUAUCAGCUUUGUCGCAUCAUUAACGCCAAGACCGUCGUCGAAGCCGGCACUUCCUUCGGCGUGAGCACCAUCUACCUGGCCCUUGCCGUGUCAGCCAAUGUAGCAGCCACAGGUGGUACGGGCCGUGUGAUAGCCACCGAAAACGAGCCAACCAAGGCGGCCAAGGCCCGGGAGCAUUGGGCGCAAUGUGGGGACGUCGUUACCAAUGUGGUUGACCUGCGGGAGGGAGAUCUCCGUGAGACUUUGAAGACGGACGUGGAGGCGGUGGACUUGCUGCUCCUUGAUAUUUGGACUCCCAUGGCUUUGCCGACGUUGAAGCUCAUCCUGCCGCAUAUGCGAUAUGGCGCUGUUGUUGUGGCGGAUAAUACCAUUGCCGCCGCGGAGAAGUAUAAGGAGCUUUUGGAUUUUAUGCGCGAUCCGGGUAGUGGAUUCGUUAACAUGACACUGCCGUUUAGUAAUGGGCUGGAGGUUAGUACCUAUUUGCCCGCACAGUAG